AUGGUAAGCUGUCUUCUUCUAUCUGGUUCAUUUCGCUGUCUUAUUUUCUUUUUUUUUCCAAUAGUUGAUUUUCACAAAUGCAUCGCCAAAUAGUAAAUUUGUAAUGCUCUGUGUUCUUGAUUGUUUUUUUUUCGAAUCCUCACUGAGAUUUGAGCUUAAAUCUUGAUUAUCUUGGUGAAGUAUGUUGUGUGCAACCAUAUCAUCUCUGAUGGUGAUUCUGGUCACAGGAGAUUCAUGAAAUUUGUGAUUCAUUGCAUCAAGAAUAGAAGACUACAGGGGGAGGUUAAUUAGAUUAUCUUAAGGUGUAUAAAAUGGAAAAGAAGAGCGUAAAAAUUUCUGAUAAGUUGUCUCUGAUUAGAGUGUUAAGAGGUAUAAUAUGUUUGAUGGUGUUAGUUUCAACAGCUUUUAUGAUGUUAAUAUUCUGGGGGUUCCUAUCAGCUGUAGUGUUGAGGCUUUUCAGCGUACGCUAUAGCCGUAAAUGUGUUUCCUUCUUCUUUGGUUCGUGGCUCGCCUUGUGGCCUUUCCUCUUUGAGAAGAUUAACAGGACCAAAGUUAUCUUCUCUGGCGAUAAGGUUCCUUGCGAGGAUCGAGUAUUGCUCAUUGCAAACCACCGAACAGAAGUUGAUUGGAUGUACUUCUGGGAUCUUGCACUGCGUAAAGGCCAGAUUGGGAAUAUAAAAUAUGUGCUUAAGAGCAGUUUGAUGAAAUUACCUCUCUUUGGUUGGGCGUUUCACCUCUUUGAGUUUAUUCCCGUUGAGCGGAAAUGGGAAGUCGAUGAAGCAAACUUGAGGCAGAUACUUUCGAGUUUUAAGGAUUCCCGAGACGCUUUAUGGCUUGCUCUUUUCCCCGAGGGCACAGAUUACACAGAGGCUAAAUGCGAAAGGAGUAAGAAAUUUGCUGCUGAAAAUGGCCUUCCAAUACUGAACAACGUGCUGCUUCCCAGGACAAAAGGUUUCUUCUCCUGCUUGCAAGAAUUGAGUUGCUCACUUGAUGCAGUUUAUGAUGUGACCAUCGGUUAUAAAACCCGUUGCCCAUCUUUCUUAGACAAUGUCUAUGGAAUUGAGCCAUCAGAAGUUCACAUCCACAUCCGUCGUAUCAACCUAACCCAAAUCCCAAAUCAAGAAAAGGACAUCAAUGCUUGGUUAAUGAACACAUUCCAGCUCAAAGACCAGCUGCUCAAUGACUUUUACUCCAAUGGCCAUUUCCCUAACGAAGGAACAGAAAAAGAGUUCAACACAAAGAAGUACCUCAUAAACUGCUUGGCAGUGAUUGCCUUCACCACCAUCUGUACGCAUCUCACCUUCUUCUCAUCGAUGAUUUGGUUCAAGAUUUAUGUCUCUUUGGCCUGUGCCUACUUGACCUCUGCUACACAUUUCAAUCUUCGUUCUGUUCCACUUGUUGAGACUGCAAAAAAAGCCUUCAAAUUACUAAACAAAUAAACUUUCAUUGUUUUCAAUCCACAUGAUGGAAUCUUUUUACUUUUGUAUUUCGGGGUUCAGAAUCAAUCCACUUUCUACUUAUGAAAUGUGACCUCAGGCUGCAAUAUAUGAUUAGCUCUAUU